AGCUGAGCUGAGCUGAGCUGAGCUGAGCUGAGCUGAGCUGAGCUGAGCGGUGUGGAGCUGCCCGUGCUUUUCCUUCAUAAAAUAAACCCGGGGGAGGCGGCUGGAGACGCGGAGUGUGGUGGACGGACGGUGCCGCGCGUUGUUCUGUUAUUCUAGCUUCCUACUGAGGAGGUUUCUGGGUCUCGGAGCCCGGUGUGGACCGCGAGUUCGGAGCUGCGGGGAGAGCGGGAGGUGUGGAGCCUGGUUGCGGGGACUGGGCUGCUGGCGGGCGGCUGGAGGUGCGAGCCGGACUCGGUGCAGCAGCAUGCGAACCGCUGGCCCUGCUCAGCGCUUAACGUUUACUUCAAGAUAUCUAGGUUAACUACUAGCAAGGUAGGCGGUCCUGCUCGGUUCUGCUCGGUCCUGGAGGGCUGCUUUAGCUAGGUUAACAUUCAGCCAGCCAGGCGGGCACAACAUGCCUCUCAGCCCGUAAACAAAGAGCGUUUGGGACCCUGGUAGACCCCCUCCAGCCCGCGGGGUUUCACUGAGAUUAAGGUGACCAAACUACUCCUACCUACCCCUACUUUACCCCCACUUUACCCCUAAAACCCGAAACCUCUGCCCAGGACUGGCUAACGCCGUCUUCUCGAAGCUCCAAUGCGGUCAAGGACGACCACCAUGCCCUCGUUAUUAGCGGCGACCCGGCUGCUGGUGCCUGUACUGGUGCUGGGGCUCGGGGUGUUCACGCUACGCGCCGCCGGCCAAGGGCGCUCCACCCCGGCUACAUGCUCGCCGCUGUGCCGCUGCGACGAGGACGGAGGGGCGGACUGCUCCGGGAAAGGGCUCAGCACUGUUCCAAACGGACUCAGCGCCUUUACCUACUAUCUUGAUCUCAGCAUGAACAACAUCACAGAGCUGCCUGCCAACGUCUUCAAGAACCUGCCGUACCUGGAGGAACUGCGAUUGGCCGGUAAUGACCUUGCUUUCAUCCACCCUGAGGCUCUGUCUGGACUUCACCAGCUUAAAGUCCUCAUGCUUCAGAAUAAUCAGCUGAAGACUGUUCCCAGUGAUGCCCUCAAGAACCUCAACGCACUGCAGUCUCUGCGUUUGGAUGCUAACCACAUCACGGUGGUGCCAGAGGACAGCUUUGAAGGCCUGCAGCAGCUCAGGCACCUGUGGCUGGAUGAUAACAGCCUGACCGAGGUCCCCGUUGGGCCCCUGCAGCACCAGGGCAACCUGCAGGCCCUCACGCUGGCCCUCAACCGCAUCACACACAUCCCCGACCACGCCUUCGCCAACCUCUCCAGCCUGGUCGUGCUGCACCUGCACAACAACAGGAUCCAGGAGAUUGGAAAAAACUGUUUCAAUGGCCUGGACAACUUAGAGACACUAGAUCUCAACUUCAACAGCCUGCAGAGCUUCCCAGAGGCCAUCCAGACCCUCCCCAAACUGAAGGAACUGGGUUUUCAUACCAACAGUAUAGACACCAUUCCAGAGGGGGCUUUUCAGAGGAACCCACUGCUGCGCACCAUUCACCUGUAUGAUAACCCUCUCUCGUUCGUGGGAAGGUCAGCGUUUCAGAACCUGUCGGACCUGCACGCUCUAAUGCUGCGUGGAGCCAGUAUGGUGCAGGACUUUCCCAGUCUGGCUGGAACUGGGAAUUUAGAGAGUCUCACGUUGACAGGAACUAAGAUCAAAGCCAUACCUGAGGACCUGUGUGAGGACCUGUCUGUACUCCGCACACUAGAUCUGUCCUACAAUGAGAUAGAAGAGCUGCCAUCCUUCCAGGGCUGUGUGAGGCUUCAGGACAUAACUCUACAACACAACCACAUCCAGCAGAUCGACAGAGACACUUUCCAGGGUCUGACGAACCUCAGAGUGCUAGACCUGAGUCGGAACCAGAUCAAGCUCAUCCAUAGAGACGCCUUCCUCUCUCUCAGCUCUCUGACCAACCUAGAUCUGAGUAUGAAUGUUUUAGCCAGUGUCCCCACAACUGGUCUAAACUCUCUAAACCAGCUCAAACUCACGGGCAACCCGGACAUGAAGAACAGCCUGACCGCCAAGAGCCUGCCCAAGCUCAGGUCUAUAUCAGUGCCCUAUGCAUAUCAGUGCUGUGCGUUCGUGGCCUGCGACGGCACAUCGAGUUCUUCUUCUGAAAGCAAGGAGAAGAGGAAAGCCUCGGGUGAUGAUGAGGAGGUGGAGAGGAUUCCUCUGGUUAUGCACUGUUCUCCAUCUCCAGGGGCCUUCAAACCAUGUGCUCACCUACUGGGCAGCUGGAUGAUCCGACUGACCGUGUGGUUCAUCUGCCUGGUGGCGCUCCUGUUCAACUGCCUGGUACUGGCUGCCACCUUCUCCCCCCGCGCCUCUCCGCUCUCCCCCGCCCGACUGCUGGUGGCCCUGCUGGCCUCCUCCAACCUGCUGACGGGACUGUACGUGGCCGCCCUCACUCUGCUAGAUGUCGUCACCUGGGGCUCGUUUGCGGCCUACGGAGUCCAGUGGGAGACGGGAGCUGGAUGCCAGGCUCUGGGUGUGCUGGCCGUCUUUUCGUCAGAGUGGGCCGUCCUGCUGUUGCCGCUGGCCGCAGUGGAGCGGAGCUUAUCGGUUCGGGCCCUGAUGGGAAAGGCUGGCGUUCUUAGAGGAGGUGGUGGAGGAGGCGAGCGGAGAGAGGGCCGCAGAAGGUUCGGCCUGGCCGCCGGCCUGCUGGGGCUGCUGGCUGCAGUAGCUGCUUUUCUUGGCUUGUAUCAUGGUGCCGCCGCUGGGUCUCCGCUCUGCCUGCCCUUCUCUGGAUUUCCAGGGCCAGGCUUAGGGGUCACGGUGGCUCUGGUCCUGCUGAACACUUUGGCUUACCUGCUGAGCGCUGUGGUCUACACUCGUCUCUACUGCAGCCUGGGACGGGCUCGGCUCGCCGACCCAGAACAAGCUGGUUCCGUCCGACAUGUUGCCUGGCUCAUUUUCACCAACUGCAUCUUCUUCUGCCCAGUAGCUGCCUUUUCCUUCGCUCCCCUGCUGGCAGGAGCUGGUAGUGCGGCAGGCGGUCCGGAAAUGGCUAAAUCAGUCACUCUGAUUUUCUUCCCACUCUCUGCAUGCUUGAAUCCAGUUCUGUACGUCUGCUUUAACCCCGCCUUCCGACACGACUGGCUCCGCCUAAGAGGAAGAGGCAGAGGCGGUGGAGCUUUUGAUGGAAGAAACGGUAAAGCAGUUGCGGUGGGCACUGGAUCCGGGGGCUCGUCCGGGAUGGGAGAAAAUGGGGGCUCGUCCGGGAUGGGAGAGCUUGGCUAUGACUGUGGGAUGUAUACUCAGCUUUGCGAGCAUUGCGAAGCGGCACUUUUGGCCAGAACGUCUUCAUCAUCUGCUUCCUCGUCCUCGUCCUCAUCUGCCUGCAGACAUUUAGUGAAGUCUCACAGUUGCCCGGCACUCGCGGGCACCGAGGCUCCGUGCCCGAGGGCAGAGGGCUGCUGGGCAGACAGCGGCACUUUGUGGGCGCAGUCGGAGUACGCGGACGAGGGCGACUCGUUCGUUUCGGACAGUUCCGAGCAGGUGCAGGCAUGCGGACGGGCUUGUUUCUGCCAGAGCCGAGGCCUGCCGUUAGUACAUUACUCUUACAACAUCCCUCGCGUUAAAGACUGAGCCACACACAGAGCAGGGCUGCACAUUCUAUUGUUUAAGCCAAACUUUUAACAUGACAUCGGCCUUCACAAUAUGCAAAUGAGCCUCUAACCAAUCACUGAAUGUUUUCUCCAGUGCUGUGAGCAUCCUGACCAGUGGACGGACGAUUGAAUGAUUCAAGACAUUCGUCACAAUGAAUUGCAAGGCAUUUCACAGUAUGUAGCAAAUAGGCAAACGUAAUGCCAAUUAUGAAAUGAUGUCCAUCCAUGAUAUGAUAUCGUGCAGACCCGAAACACAACACAACACAACAUGCAACACAUAUCACAGCCUUCACUUGGUCGGUCACUCACUUCUCGUGCACUACUACAGCUCGGCCACUCAGAAGCACUCAGACUCAGGACAGCCGGGGACACGCUGCCAGUCAGGAAGCACUUUUAUUGUUUUAUUUUUUUUUUUUUUUUUUUUGUCCAAACACACACAAGAACACAAGUGUGUGCAUAUAUGUAUGUGUAUGUGUGCAUAUAUGUAUGUGUGCAUAUAUGUAUGUGUGUGUUUGUCUGGGUGUAGGGGUGUUUGUUUUGAGUGUGUGAAUAGACACUGACCCCUCGUCAGGAAAGAAAAAAGGGAACUGACUACAAACAAAAGACUCACUGAGCCAAACGUGGUCAGCAAUGGACUCUUUGGAUUUUGCUUUCGUCUUUUUCGUUUUUUUUUUCGUUAUUUCAUUGUUAUAUGAGACCGCGGAACGCUGACCGCUGCUGACUGCCCACUCCUCACCCAACACACACAAACUCAACACAAAAAAAAACACCCAGCACAACCCAACAGCUAGUGCCUGCCUCCUGCCUCCUUCUUUUGCAAAGCACCACUUUUAUAUUUGCAAAGAUGCUGUUUUUUCUCUUUUAUUUGUAUUAAGCAGGGAUUAAUAUGCCAUCUUUUUUUUAAGAUGAGAAAUCAUUCAUCUUCUUGUAAUGAUGUUUAUUGAUUGUUUUUUUUUUCCUUUUCUUUUUGUUCUUUACUGUUGUCAUUCCCUGUUCUAUUGACCUCAACGCGUAACAGAACCACAGCAUCCUCUUCCAUGUAGCAGCUUUCAUACAUUUAUGCAUAUUUGUUUCUAUUUUGAUAUCAUUCAUUUACUUAGCAAUCCAGAUUCCAAUCCACAUCUUGCCCUAACACGAGUCAUGUCUCUGAUCCAGAUUUCAGUCCACAUCUUAACACAACCUUGCAGUAGCCUUUUGAGCGUUUCUAGAUGAGCUUAUAGCAUUAGCUGUUGAUUUGAUUGGAACAAAAAAAAGAUGUUAGUUUUGAGAUACAGCUCUGAAAAAAAAAUAAGAGACCACUUAAUGAUGAUGUUUUUCCUUAAUUUUACCAAAUUAAAAACCUCUAAAAAUAAUCAAGAUGAAGAUGAAUGAUCACAGCCAUAGACUGUAUAUAAAGAUGGACGCCGUGUCGCAGUUCCCAUUCAUUCAAUGAAAAUGAAGCCAAAAUCUUCCGCCAUUUUGGCGAUUCAGAGACCAGAGUCUGCGCAGUAAAGAGACCAGAGGAGGGAGAAAGACUGUGGAGAGACCGCCUACUCAUUUAAAAUAACCCCACCCCUGAGGGCUGCCUCGCGGUCACAGACUGCAGAGCGGGGCGGAGCGCAGCUGACGGUCUGUUAUUGGUCCCGCCCAUAGGCAGCCCUUUUACCAUAACCACACCUUUUUUGAAUAGAGCCGAAUAACGUUUUAAAAACCGAAUUCUGUGGUGAUAUAAAAAUUUAACAAUAUAAGCAGAGGUUACACUAGCUGUUGCAUUUAAAUAAAGGAGGUAGAAUUACAGUAUAUUAGAAAAAAACGUGAUUGAAAGUUUUCUGUUUUGCCAUUGAAACCUAUGGGAAUGGGUGGAGUUACACAGCUUUCUGCAGCCGAACAACAGGGGGCGCCCGACCUGUGGUGGCUUCACUUUUAAGAGACGAUGCUCUGUCCAGCUAUACACAGUCUAUGAUCACAGCCAUCAAACCAAGCUGAACUGCUUGAAUUUUUGCACCAGAAGUGUAAAGCAUAAAGUUAUCCAAAACAGGGUGUAAGACUGGUGGAGGAGAACAUGCCAAGAUGCAUACAAAAAAAACAGGGUUAUUCCACCAAAUAUUGAUUUCUGAACUCUUAAAACUUUAUGAAUAUGAUCUUGUUAGCAAAAUCAGAGAAACUGAUGUGGUCUCUUAAUUAUUUCCAGAGCUGUAAAUCCACCUUAACCCUCCUGUUAUGUUCAUUUGUCAGGAACAGCAAUGGUGUUCUUGGGUUAAUUUGAACCGGUGUUCAAUUAUCCAAAAGUGUAAAAUAAAUCUAACAAGUAGUGUGAAUAUUAAAUAACCAAUUUCAUUACUAAUUAUUCUAUCAAUAUUUAGUGCAAUAUUGGUGUUCCUUACCACUUAACUGGUAAGGGUUCAAUUAGGAUGAUUCACUCGUUUUUAUAUAAAAAAAAAUACAUGUUCAUACUUUUUUUAAACUUUUCACUACUUCAUUACUUUAAAAAGACCAACAUAUGAAACACAACAUUGCAAUUUUGUUUUAGAUUGGUUGCAAUUUUUUAUAUGUUGAUUACACUAAUUAAGGCAAUCAUAGGAAGAAGUCUUAUUCUGAAAAAAUGCUUUUAACUAUUUUUCCUAGAUCUUCAAACUUUAAAACUGAUUGAUUUGACUCGUAACAAAACAGGAGGGUUAAUAUACUGAUCCAGAUUUCAGUCCACAUCUUAACAUGACCUUGCAAUAGCCUUCUAAGUGUUUUGAAGUGAGCUUAUAGCAUUAGCUGUUAAUUUGGCUGAAAAAAGAUGUUUGUUUGGAGAUAUUUUAGUCUGUAAAUGGCAAAAAAAAACAAAACAGUUAUAUUGAAACUAAGCAAUAAGAGUGAUCUUAGUAGACUGCCCUGCACUUUUAAACACCAGAAAUAACUUUUAUUUUGAAAAUAUUUUAUCAGCUAAAAUACUUUUAAUAUUUUCUGAAAGUCCUUUAUAUGAAGAAACUGAUUUAAGUCUGUGAUGCUCAAGUCACAAGCAUAGUCAAUGCCAUAAAAUAGCCGAUAUGUUGCUGAUAUGGCACAAAACACCAGCAAACAAACAAACAAACAAAAAGUCCAAAUGUAACAAUGUAACAAUGUGUAUUAUGAAUAUAUUGUGUAUUGAUAUCAGCGGUUGUGUAUUGGAAUCGGAUCAGAGCUGACGAAAAAAACCCACAGAUAAGUCCAUGACCAGUUUUCAGUGGAGCAGAAUGUAACAUAGAGCAUAAGCUUUUUUUAAAGCAGGAGUCCGCUCUGAUACUGCCUUUUCUUCUUUUAGAAAUUAUGCUAAUAUUUAGCAUUAGCCCAGCAGCCAUUCCCUCAGACUGUUCAGCCUGUCUUACGCUUCAGCUGCACAUGAAUUCUAACAGACCCCUGACUUCCUCAGCUGAAGCCCCCCCCGGCUGAAUGAACCGUAUGAAGCUGGAGUCGGGAAAAAGAGUGGACAAGAAUUCCAGAUCUGUUUAACACCGUCCUCAGUUUAGAGCUCAUUGCUUUUGGCUUUUGUAAUGGUUUCUAAUUUAUUAACAGAAAAGUAUAGAAAACACUAUUUUCUGAUAUUAUAUGAUGGGACAAAAAAAAUCAAAGCUCUAUUUUAUCACAGAUUGAAGCAAAUUUAUAGAUUUUAUGAUAAUUGAUUUCCAAAUUGUCAGUUUGUCAAAUUAAAUGGCAUUUCUUUCCCUCACAGUGUACCCAAAGAACUUAUUAAUAUAUAGAAUAUAUAUUUAGAUUUGUUAGUGGUGGAAUACUAUAAUAAUGCUGAAACACUUUGCAUUAAGGGUUGCAAAAUAAGGAAUAAUUAAGGAAUAUAUUGUUUAUUAAUAGUCAUAAUGUAAUAUUGAGUAUAAUGUUAAACGUUCUUUAUCUAUUAGUGUAUUAAAGACUGUAUUCAUGCAGCUGAAUAAUUAAUUAUCAAUUAGUAGCACAUAAUCAGUGCAGUAAAGGUCAGUUCACAGAUAGUAUAAAAGCUGCACUAAUUGCUCAAAUAUUUGUGGACACCCUUUAUAAAGAAUUUAUUUGGCUUGUGGCUUGUGUUGCACCCAUUGCUGACACAGAUGUGAAAAUGCACACUGGACAGUAGAGACAGUUACUCCAAUAAAAGCAUAACUCUUUAUAAUAAACGCUUUAUAAUAAUACCUUUGAUCUUAGAUCGGAUAUCCCAGAUAUUCCAAUACUUUUGUAUUGAGAAGCAAUAGUAUCGUAUUACCAUAUAACCAAUAAUUAUUAUGCAACUCCUAAUGUUUUUAAAGUGUUCUGCAUAAAUAUAUGCAGGUGCAUCUUAAAAAAUGUGAAUACCAUUGAAAAGAUGAAUUUAUUUCAGUAAUUCAGUUCAAAAUGUGAAACUCAUAUAUUAUAUAGAUGUAUUAAACUCAGAGUGAUCUAUUUUAAAUGUGUUUAUUUCUUUUAUUGUUGAUGAUUGUGGCUUACAGCCAUUGAAAACCCAAAACUCAGUGUCUCAGACCCUGCUGGAAAAUGAAAUCCGCAUCUUUAUAAAAGUGGUCAGCAGAGGGAAGCAUAUGAAGUGCUGUAAGAUUUUACUUGAUUGCCAAUUGAAAUGCAAAAAAAAACUUACAGCACUUCAUAUGCUUCCCUCUACUGACCACUUUUAUAGAGAUGCGGCUUUCAUUUUCCAGCAGGACUUGGCACACUGCCCACACUGUACCAAAAGUACCAAUUGGUCUUAUAUAAUAUUCAGAUUUUCUGAGACACUGAUUUUUGGGGUUUUUCAUAAUUAUCAACAAUAAAAAAAUAAAUUAAUUAAAUUAAAUCACUCUGUGUUUAAUGCAUCUAUAAAGUUUCACAUUUUGAACUGAAUUACUAAAAUAAAGCAACUUUUUAAUGAUAUUCUAUUUUUCAAUGCACCUGUAUAUACAUACACACACACAUAUAUAUAUAUAUAUUCAUAGCUCUAUUUCCCACAGCACCAACAUGUCCAAAAGGCGUACAUAUAUUAAUAGAUGUUCUUUAUUGAUUUUACCUCGAUCCUGACGCUGUGUGUUAAGCUAUUUCAGGCGGGACAGUGCUGGAAAGUCAUCUGAACAUUUUUUUGGCCAGUUUCCCUGACCCAGAUUAAGCCUAAGCCUUGACUAAGCUGUGUUUUAAACAGUAAAACAACCUUUGGCAUUGCAGUUUAGCCCAGGACUAAGCCUAAUCCACGUCCAUAAAACUUUUAGAGCUGGUCGUUUUAGUUCUAAGCCUAAUGUAAUGGCUCACUCAAAAUCUGCAUAAGCGUGUGCGUGUGUGUAUAUCAGUGUGUGUCAGUGUGUGUGUGUUCAAGCAUUUCAGAGAACAGAAACCUUCCCAUGUUUCCGUUGCUUUAGCUUUGAUGCAAAAUGGCACUACCUUCCUCCGGGCUUUAUAAAGCACAUUUGCAUUCUGGCUGAAUUUUAGUUCUGUUCUCAUGUUAGUCUAAUAAGCUCUUCCAACAGCCUGUGCUUAAAGAAAUCUUUGGAGGUUAAUAUUUAAUGUAACUGACAAAUUCCAAAUGUGUGUGUGUGUGUGUGUGUGUGUGUGUGUGUGCGUGUGUGUGUAUGGUUAGGCCUGUCAAGAUACAUAUGUUUAUUUGGAUGAUAUAUAAGUUCAAUACUAAUUUUGACAAAAACAUGUCAUUUUUAGACUUUUGUGCAUCAGCGGCCGGAGUCAGAGAGAGAGAGAUUGAGCACAAUUGGUUAUUGUUCUCUCUCUGGGUGGGUAGAAGGCGAUCUCUCCCCUCAUCACUACCAAGUUGAUGUUGGUAAGAACAGGCUUCUGUUAGCUGAUGUAUCAAAGCUGAGGCGCUGCGCUUUCCUCCAAAUUAUGUAUUGUGAUGCUACACAGUGAUGAUAUAUCGACAGCAGUUGAAAAGAGGCGGAGCCUGCCUUUAUAUGUAUCGGAGGAGGCAUGUGCUAGUCUUCGUCCUCCUGGUGUUGGAGGCAUCACUAGUGCUAGGGGGAGAUUAGUAGUGAGUGGGUUGGGUAAUUGGACCUGUAAAUUGGGAGGAAAAUGGAAUAAAAUCAUAAAUAGACAGAAAAAAAGAAAGAAAAAAAAAUAAUUACACAAUUAUUAACUUUUAUUUGUGGCACAUUUUCAGUACAGUGAGUUUAGAAUAAUUAGAUAAAUAUAAUACAGUUAUUGUAUUGUAAAAGUCCACAGAAUAUAUAUUUUUCAUGUUAUUUUUCUCUCCUUUCUAGGAAAAAUGUAAUGUUUAAUAUUAAAGUCAGCUAAAAUGAUGAAUAAAUGUCAGUAAGUAAUGUAAUUAUUGUGACAGGCCUGUGUGUGUGUGUGUGUGUGUGUCACCAUGUUUCAGUAUGUUGUAAAUUAUUAUUUCUACAGGAUACGUCUAAUCAAGAAUGGGAUGCAUGGUCUAACCGUGGAAGCUACCUCUGGAACUGUAGUGGCUGCCAGUAGUGCGCAGUGUGUAAGAAUACUGGUGUGCUUGCUUGUGUGCGUGUGUGUGUGUGUCUGUGUGUGUGUGAUUGCUCACUUUGUAAAUACAUGUAGUUGUACAUUGUCACUGAAUGAAAGUCACAUUUUAGUUUUAAACCGACUGUGGGAGGAAAUUGUGUAACGGUAUGCGGUAAUUUUUGUAAACCAAACAAUAUAAACUAAAUUGCUUUAAAGUCUGA